CAUAUAUAUACUUCACUCUAAAUAAACAUUCCAUUCGUUUUCCCUUUCUAUAAAUACUAUAUGAUCACAUAACAUCUCUUCAAACAACUUUAAUCUCUCUAAUUACCAAGUAAAAGAGAACCUUCAUCAUGACUCCACACACGCCUUCUUCAAUGGCUCCCUCGUCGCCGGUGGUUGUUCAACGGUCACCGUGGCACUCACCGGUGCCAUACCUCUUUGGUGGCCUAGCUGCCUUGAUGGGUCUCAUUGCUUUUGCCCUCUUGAUCCUCGCUUGCUCCUACUCCAACCACUCCGACGAUGUGGAAAACGAUGCCGAAGGAAACAGAGACCUCGAGGCCGGAGAUUCCAAACCCGAAAACCACAAGGAAACCCAUGUUUUGGAAGAGAAGUAUCUGGUUAUCAUGGCGGGUCAAGCAAGACCCACGUUUGUGGCAACACCCAUCUCAAGCAGAGCGUCGUCGUUUGGCAGUUGUAGUUCCGGGAGCAACUGGUCGGAGAAAUCGUCUACGUCGGAGAUGGAAAUGAUAGAGGAGAAUGAGAAGGAAAAACAGGGGAGUAGCGAUCAUAUACAAGUAAGGAACACGGAGAACCAACUGGAGAGCAUAGAUCAGCUCCAUUAAUAUUUUACCGAUUUAGUUUCUUUUAUCUUUCUUUCUGUGCGUCAACCGUAGUAGUCAUGUCAAAAGAAAGAUCGAGCGGCGGUGAUUGCGGUUGGAAUGUAGAUAUGGUGAGGGCUUCCGUAGGUGAUCAUAGGGCAUAUUAUCUACUUUGUUCUUGUAUAACACGAUAUGUACAUAAAAUUUUGAUGAUCGAGAAACAAAACA